CAGCCAGACGGUUACAGGAGACCGAAUGCCAGCUUCAUUGAAAAAGCUCUGUUAUCGAGAGUAGAGACAGGAGGGACAGACGUUUUCAGUGUGCAGACACACACAUAACAACACACAGAAAGCUCUGGGGAACUCGGGGAAAGGGACAUUUUCACAGCCUCAAGAACCUCGGUAGGAGAAAGCAGAAGACACAUCGUUUGAAAAGAUAAAUCAAGCGCAGUGGACACGCGGGAGUUGAUUAUUCAUUCCGAUAACUUAUAUAAGGGCAACUUAAAAAUAAAAAACUACCUCCGCCGUUUCAUAUUUUUGUUUUAUUUUUCCCUUUAUUUACUUUUUUCUUUAUUUUAUCACCUGUCCUCUGAAGAGCUUACAACCAGACGGAGGAGUAGAAUUGCAGUACAGUGCGUAAAGAAAUUAAACGCAGCACCAGGAGACAGAACAGCUCACUGCAUUUAGCCUACCAUCAAGAGACAGUAUAUAUAUAUUUUUUCCAUCCUUGGUUCUGUUUGAGGCUGAUAAAAAAAAAAAAAAUUGGAAUAUGGUUGGGGAAAUGGAAACCAAGGAGAAACCAAAGCCUACCCCAGACUAUCUCAUGCAGCUCAUGAAUGAUAAGAAACUGAUGAGCAGCCUACCCAACUUCUGCGGAAUUUUUAACCACCUCGAACGGCUGCUUGAUGAAGAGAUCAGCCGGGUACGGAAGGACAUGUACAACGACACGCUAAACGGUAGCACAGAGAAGCGGAGCAGUGAGCUCCCUGAUGCAGUGGGCCCCAUCGUGCAGCUCCAGGAGAAACUCUUUGUGCCUGUAAAAGAGUACCCCGAUUUUAACUUUGUGGGCCGUAUCCUGGGACCACGGGGGCUGACAGCCAAGCAGCUGGAGGCAGAGACAGGAUGUAAAAUCAUGGUGCGCGGAAAAGGCUCCAUGAGGGACAAGAAGAAGGAAGAGCAGAACCGCGGCAAGCCCAACUGGGAGCACCUCAACGAGGACCUGCAUGUCCUGAUCACGGUGGAGGACGCACAGAACCGCGCUGAGAUCAAGCUGAAGAGGGCUGUGGAGGAGGUCAACAAACUACUGGUGCCUGCGGCAGAGGGAGAGGACAGCCUGAAGAAGAUGCAGCUAAUGGAGUUGGCCAUCCUCAACGGCACCUACCGAGACGCCAACAUCAAGUCACCUGCCCUUGCCUUCUCUCUUGCAGCGAACGCCCAGGCGCCCCGCAUCAUCACCGGCCCCGCCCCCAUGCCCCAGAACGCCCUGCGCACGCCCACCCCGGCCGGCCCCACCCUAAUGCCCCUGAUCCGACAGAUCCAGACCUGCAUGCCCAACGGCUCGCCCCACCCGGGCGUCAUGACCCAGGGUCCCGAGUCGGGCCUCAUAUACGCAUCGCCCUACGAUUACCCCUACACGCUGGCCCCUGCCACCUCCAUCCUGGAGUACCCCAUCGACUCCAGCGGGGUGUUAGCGUCCUCAAAGGCCGAAGAGCUGCCCCUCUACCUGGGGUUUCAGACCUGUCACUUUCCCAUCACUGUGCAGCGAGGAGAGCCCUCCUACCGGUCUCCCUUUUAAAGAACACCCCUUCCCUUCCUCUUUCCCUCCAUCCCCUCAAACAACACACACCCACCUCCUCAUCCCCCUCCUCCCUCCCCGCCACCACACGUUGGACUGGUUGAGGAUUGGCCCUCCCUGAGCAACCACAAGCCACAUGGGGAAGCCUCAGCCCUUCCUCUUUUAAUGUCUGUUCAAAGUGACGUGUGUGUUACUGAUCAACCCUUUUGGAUUUCCUGUCCUGAUGAUCAUGAUGAUGUAUUUGUGUAUGAUGAUGAGGGAGAACAAGCACUGAGCCCCACAUUGCUGCAGACCCCCCUUGGGGGCGCCACCCUCUCUCUGGGUGUGGCUUGGGCGCAUCCUGAGGGGUAACAUGAGGACGGUGAGGGGUCAGUGGGGGUCGAGAGAGAGGUGUUGCAGAGCCAAGGGGGUGAUGGGGUGUGUUGGCGAUGGGGCACCUGCAGUUAAAGCAUUUAGGCUUGACAGGCUUUAUUCACAAAGGGAUUUUAGGACGUUCUGUCCCGACACUGACAGUCUUAACUUCAUUCUUAUGAAAAAAUAUUCACAGAAUGAGACUUUCAGCUCAAGUGUAGCCACUCCAAUCGACAGUCAGUGAGUGAACAACAUAGCCCUUUUGUGUAACACGUUUUUGCAUCGACUCAAACGGAGUGUCCUAAAAUGGCUUUGGGAAUAGGGCCUGGUGUGUGUUGCUUCUCAAAGGACAGACACUCCUGGCACUAAUUCCCCAUUCCCUUCCUUUAUUCUAUAGGUGUGGCUUUCCCCACGAAAGGCUAAAAGAGUUUCAUGGAUCCUUACUGAGUCCCUCAUCCGAUCGAGUGUUAACACACAUGCACUUUUGUUUCACAGCUGCCUUUGAGUAUAAUGAACCAUGAGCCAGGCCUAUAGCCGUCAGACAGACAGACAGACAGACAGGCUCCCUCACUACUGAUGUUUACCCCAAGGAGGCACAGCCCUUAACACCAUGCAUUAUGUGUGAAUGUGCAUCCUGUACGCAUACAGCCAUACAUGUAUAUUUUCGCAGAUCUAUGCGACUGUAUCACUGACUGCUAUGUCAGGGUUUGAAAAUUUAUACAAUACUGUCUGGCUUUACUAAUCACUUAAUUCAUAGCCUUUUUUUCUACAUAUUCUUUGUUUAAUUUUUUAAUAAGAGAUGUUCAUUUUUUUACUACUGCAAAUGUGCCUAAAAGCUUUCAUCUCUGGGCUUUAACCAGAGAGUGAGUGAUCAGUAUUAUAUUUAAAAUGAAUAACUGAAGAGAUGCACUUCCUGAUGCUCAACCUGAGAUUAUGUGACUAGUAAAGCUCCCCUCUGUGUGCGUGUGUGUGUAUGCAUAAAUGCCUAAUUUCUGUGAAUCUGUAACAAGGACUCAAGAAAACAAUGGAUCCUUACAGUCAAGGUUACUCCAUAGUCACGAAUGCUACUAGGUCCAAGAUUUCUCGUUGUUACAAUGAAAUAUAUGAGUAUAAUUUGUGUCUUAACAUUUUUCAUAAUUUUGUUACGUGUUUGGUCAUAUAAACUCUGAUGAUAUGAUGAAUUGACUUGAUGGAAACGGUGAAGGAUGAAAUGACCUAAUCCUUGUUUUGGUCAUGUUGUUGCAAUCCGAGCAGGUGCAGUGACUGCUAAGGUUCGAAGGCACAAACUGCGGGUCCAUCCUUACCAAAGGAUAGUGACCGCAGACAGAGGUUAGUUUAGCUCUUAUGCAUUUGUGUUUUAUUGCCAAUGCCUGCUCACUGUUGGUCCUGAUCUGUUUUGUAACAUGUGCAAAUUGUUCAGCUAGUCAUCUCGGUUUGUGAUGUGAUGCAACAUACUGCACACCCUUCCUAGUCUUGGCCUCUGAUGACAUUUAUUUUGAAUACAUUUGUUCUCAGAGUGCAUACGUGGAGGGCUGUACAAGGUGAUUCUGAGCACUAGUGACCACAACACAGUAGCCUAAUGAUGCUUUUGCUAUCUAGGUAGAGACACAAACACACACACCUACGUUUAAAAAACUACUCUACUCCACUAUUUCGAUGACUUUAUGAAUCUGACAUGAUGUCGAUGACAAAUAAUGGACCAUACCCCUUCAAAAAAAAGAAGAUAAAAUUACCUGUUUUAGUUUCCCCCUUUUAACGAGAAGGUUGCAAUUGUAUUUCAAUACACUUAAGUCUUCAGCUCCUUAAGUGGAUAAUGUAACAUUAGAAUUGAUCAAUUAUGUCAAUUUGUAUUUAUUUGUUUGCGGAAAUUUAUUUUUUGAGAAUCUGACCCAUUGUAUUGUCAAGGACAACACAGAAGUGGGUGUACACCUGUCAUGUCAUAUUUGUUUUUUUCACUGUCUAAUUGGACUGCAGUAUCUUCCCAUUUUUACUACAUUAUUUGUUUAUACAAAAUUAAAACAAUUAUUUGGUGUCAAAAGUCUCAACAACGAAGUUAUGAGUAAAGAGAGAUGGACACAUGGUAGGCUAUAGACUGGAAAUAGUUUAUUCUGCAGAUAGGUAAACAAACACAACUGUCUACACAUUUCAUGCCCUCUUUUUUAAGUCCAUACAGAACUUGUAAUACUCCCACUGAAUAUUGAGAAUAAUUGAGGUAGUAAUUAGAGAAGAAACCAUUUGUGAAAUGACACAAGCAACAAGGAAUUUGCAGGAUCUGUUCUCUAUCAGUGCCUUUUCUCUGUUUUAUCCUUAGACCCCAGUGCUUAAUACACCAAGUGUGCCUUGUAUCAUUAUUUCACUACAGAUAAUUACUUGUACCCAAUCAAGUGAAUGUUUCCAAUGUGCUAGAAAAUGUGAUGCAAAUUAUUGAAAACUGCAUGCAGACAUUUUGGAUAAAUAAGCCUAUUUUAGUACAUAGAUUGAAGUGGAAAAUCCAGUGAAAUUGUUUAAAAGAAAGUUAAAUAACUCCAAUUCAUGAAUCAUAUUUUUUGCUGCUAGAUGAUGUGGAACAAUGAACAUAUAUAAUUAACAUUAAUGGGUCUAAGGAUAUUCAGGUUUCGGCACUGUAGUUCAGACUGUGAAUUGCCUCUGAAAACUUGAUAGCCCAAAUCUGCCCUAAAACAAAUAAGUUAAUAUAAAAAUAACUGUAAUAUGGAGUUACUUAAGAAGUGCAUAUUAUACAAAGGGUUUUAUUACUAAAAGGUUAAACCUUAAUCCAUAAUGAUAAUGAAUGAUAAUACUGGUAACGAAUAGGUAACACUGACAAAAUUAAUGAGAAACCAACAUCAGAUGAAAUUGCACAAAGGCUUGUAUUCAAUCUACCUCUAUCUAAUAGGUUUGGCUCCCACACUCUGAUUAACAGUUUUACACCAAUAAAAGUUUGGUCAACACUUUAUCCAAACAUUCCGGUAAUACAAUGUAAUAUGAUUGACAUUUGUGUAUCAAUGCGGUUUGGGGGUUGAACCAUGAGGCAGGUGGAUUGAGUGCAGGCCAACCGGUCAAACCUGUGUGUAAGCGGCAGGCUGUCUCUGGUGGCGGCAGGGAGGAAGCAGGUGUAAGAUGGCGUCUGAAAUGUGGGCCUUUUUAUCAGCUCAUAUUGGCAAAGAUGUUGAACAGUCUCAAAAUAGUAAAUACACUAUCAAAUAAGUACGUCAAUUGGGGUCUAGAGAUUUACAGUGCCAUCAGAAAGUAUUGACACCCCUUUACUUUUUCCACAUUUUGUUGUGCUACAGCCUGAAUUUAAAAUGGA